AUGUCAAAACGCAAGACAUUACAAACACUCGAUUAUUUUUUGAAAUCCCUAACAAAUUCUGAGCAAUCAGAUGCAGAAAUACAGACGGACCUUGCUACCCAUGAAAGUCAGUCGUCUUCGCCAAGACAACAAAUAAUGCCAUCAUGUUCGAACUUUAAUAGACCUAUUCAGAAUACCGUUCUGUUGUCAUCUUCAAGUAUUUCUGUGCCUGAAAAUAAGAUGGAUACACAAUAUGUACAUCCACAACUACCACACAAACUUGCAGACACAGGCCCCAUUAACGAUAUUAGUCGAUUUUGCAAUAGAGUGCUGUCUCACGCCGAAAAAAUUAAUGUUUUAAAUAAUGUUUGGAUUCCAAGUGCAACUUAUGUAUUUCCUGUAAUACUCUCAGGACCUAAUAAGAAAAAACUAAAAUUUCAGCACACUUGGCUUAGCAAAUGGAAUUGGUUAGCUUAUUCUGAAAUUGAGAACGGGUGUUACUGCAAAUAUUGUGUUGUAUUUUCCAAAGCUGGGGCAGGAGUAAAUGCCCAAAGUUUAGGUGCGUUGACAAAGAAUAAGUUUGAUAAUUGGAAAAAAGCUAUUGGGGUUUUUGAAAAGCAUUCACUUGCCCAAUAUCAUUUAAGAUCACUUAGUGACGCUGAUAAUUUUCUUAAAGUUGAUAGAAAUAAUCUUCUUUCCAUUGAAAAUAAACUAUCUGCAGAUAGAACAGCGAAAAUACUUAAAAACAGACAGAAAAUAAUUCCUAUAAUUGAAGCUGUAAUUCUUUGCGGUAUACAAGAAAUUGCAUUACGAGGUCAUAGAGAUUCUGGAAAAAUCACAACAGAUGACGGUGACAAAGGUGAGGGUAACUUUCGCGCAAUACUAAGAUACCGAGCUAAAGGGGAUGAAAUCCUGAAAGCUGCUUUAGAAGGACCAGGCGAAAGAAAUAAGUACAUUAGUCCUUCUAUUCAAAACGAAAUUAUCAAUUCUUGCAACUCAUUGAUCCUUGAGAAGGUCGUUUCUGAAGUAAAUACCUCGAAAUGUUUCUCUGUCUUAGCCGAUGAGACGGCAGAUAUUUCAGGAGUGGAACAAGUCUCACUAUGUGUUAGAUAUGUUGACAUGACUUCAAUCAAAAUUAAGGAACACUUUUUACAAUUUGUCCAAACAGCAGACCUUACAGGAAGUGGCUUGGCAGCAAUUAUCAUGGACAAUCUGCGCAAAUGGGGUAUCGAUACCAAAUACCUAAAAGGGCAAGAGUAUGAUGGAGCAGCUGCCAUGUCUGGUAAAUUUAAUGGGGUUCAAACUCAUAUAAAGCGCGAAUAUCCAACUGCAUUAUAUGUACAUUGCGCUGCUCAUAGCCUUAAUUUGGCAGUUUCAAAAGCCAGCGAGGUGUCCGAAAUACGCAAUUGUUUAGGUACAGUUGGACAAGCCCAUAAUUUUUUUAUAUAUCCAAAACGCAAAGAUGUUUUAAAUAGGGUUCUGGCAGAGGCAGAAACAACACCUAAGACAAAAACUUUGAAAGGAAUGUGCGCUACACGGUGGAUCGAGAGAUUUGAGUCCAUUAGUGAUUUCAAAGAAAUUUACCUAUACGUGGUUGAUGCACUUUCUGAAAUUGCAGAAUGGGCAGAUAGAGACACUGCAAAAGAAGCAAGAUCUCUUAUGAACAGCAUAGCUCAAGGAAACUUUAUCACUACAUUAUUUGUGACUAACACAAAACUUUUGUGUUAG